GGGCGGGGCGGGACGUCCGGGGGGCGCGCACGCAUCCGGCCCGCGGUGCGCGCGCAGGUUGGUGCGUCGGUCGGGGGCGCGCUCGGGUAACCUGUACCCCACGUAGUCGCCGGUUACCGAUCGGACUAAGCUCCAGUGGUGAUUUGCAAGUCAGAAUGUCCCCAGAAGUGGCCUUGAACCGAAUUUCUCCAAUGCUCUCCCCGUUCAUAUCUAGCGUGGUCCGUAAUGGAAAAGUGGGACUAGAUGCUACCAACUGUUUGAGGAUAACGGACUUGAAGUCUGGCUGCACGUCCUUGACUCCUGGACCCAACUGUGACCGAUUUAAAUUGCACAUACCAUACGCUGGAGAGACCUUAAAAUGGGAUAUCAUUUUCAAUGCCCAAUAUCCAGAGCUGCCUCCCGAUUUUAUCUUCGGAGAAGAUGCUGAGUUCCUGCCAGACCCCUCGGCUCUGCAUAACCUUGCCUCCUGGAAUCCAUCAAAUCCUGAAUGUCUCUUACUUGUGGUGAAGGAACUUGUGCAACAGUAUCACCAAUUUCAAUGCAGCCGUCUCCGUGAGAGCUCCCGCCUCAUGUUUGAAUACCAGACAUUACUGGAAGAGCCGCAGUAUGGAGAGAACAUGGAAAUUUAUGCUGGGAAAAAGAACAACUGGACGGGUGAAUUUUCAGCUCGUUUCCUUUUGAAGCUGCCAGUGGAUUUCAGCAAUAUUCCCACAUACCUGCUCAAGGAUGUGAAUGAAGACCCGGGAGAAGAUGUGGCCCUCCUUUCUGUCAGCUUCGAGGACACUGAAGCCACUCAGGUGUACCCCAAGUUGUACUUGUCACCCCGAAUUGAACAUGCACUUGGAGGCUCCUCAGCUCUUCACAUCCCAGCUUUUCCAGGAGGAGGAUGUCUCAUUGAUUAUGUUCCUCAAGUGUGCCACCUGCUCACCAACAAGGUGCAGUAUGUGAUUCAAGGCUAUCACAAAAGACGAGAGUACAUUGCCGCUUUCCUCAGUCACUUUGGCACGGGUGUCGUGGAAUACGAUGCAGAAGGCUUUACAAAACUCACUCUGUUGCUGAUGUGGAAAGAUUUUUGUUUUCUUGUACACAUUGACCUGCCCCUGUUUUUCCCUCGAGACCAGCCAACUCUCACAUUCCAGUCCGUCUAUCACUUCACCAACAGUGGACAGCUUUAUUCCCAGGCCCAGAAAAAUUAUCCAUACAGCCCCAGAUGGGAUGGAAAUGAAAUGGCCAAAAGAGCAAAGGCUUAUUUCAAAACCUUUGUCCCUCAGUUCCAGGAGGCAGCGUUUGCCAAUGGAAAGCUCUAGGAAACACCAGUCUUGAGAGGUGGCCAGCCCGUCUGCUCUGUCCACAUGCGUGUCAGCACAUAUGGCCGCUUCCUGGAAGCCAAUGGAAUGUCUUCAUGGCAGCGUUUCGCACACACAGCAGCUUUGCGCCCCGACUGGAACCCAAACUUGAGCUGGCUGGCGGGGGACCUGGAUCCCAGAGCCCCCCACCUCUGGUUGCACCCUCUGUGUUUCUUUCGGCAUUAUUUCUAAGUUGGAAGAAAUAAAGUCACAAAUCAUGAUGCAGUAUUUUUCCAGGGAAAGUAAGACGCGCUACAUGCACACACCCUUAUUCAAAGCCUUUGUUUCUGAGACCUCUUUUACGAUUAAACACUCCUUGGCUUUUU